UGUUUCAAUUUCUUAUGGCUACUAUUUAAUUUCGAAUCAGAUUAUCUUCCCAUUUGAAUCUCCAUUCUUCAAUUCUUCUCUGGCUCUCUGAGAAUUCAUCAAACAGGAACUUCAGUGUCUUCGUUUCAUCGCUUGGGCAUUGAAGUCUCUUCUUGUUUUAAGCAGUAUGUUUCGGGUUUAUUUUUUCUUUUUAACGGAAAACCUCACUUGAGUUGGAUCACUAUUUUCAGCUUGUAACGGGUAUAGGGAAAAGAAGAGGCAUGGCAUCUGAAAGGGAAAUUUUUGAGGAUUCGGGACCUUUAUACCUCACUGCUGUUGAUUGGGACAAUUUUCAUCACAAAAGAUCAGUUGCCGCAAGCUUGGUCCAAGGAGUGUACAAUCUUGAACGGGACCGCCAACAGAACCGCCAAGACCACCAAUCUCAAGCUUCUCCAUGGUGGAGCUCCUUCCGCUUUGAAUUAAUUAAGCAACUAAAAGAUGGUGUUGAUUCCUCAAUCUUUGGCGCCAUUUAUAGAUAUAAUAAUCCAUCUGUUCGCCAUCACAAAUGCCCAAUAAACGUUAUUGCCUUCCGAGGUACACUAACCAAGCCAGGUUCCAUGUUUAGAGAUAUUAAGUUGGACAUCAAAGUCUUCCUCAGCAAACUUCAUCAAGACUCCCGCUUUCAUCUGGCACUGCAGGCUGUGCAGGAUGUAGUUGCAAAAAUAGGAACAGCUAAUAUUUGGUUAGCUGGGCAUUCUCUUGGAGCAGCUAUUGCUUUGCUUGUAGGGAAGAAUAUGGCAAGGGAAGAUUAUCCUAUUGAAACUUACCUUUUCAACCCACCAUUCAUUUCUUUCCCUAAGUUGAAGCCAGUGAUUCGCAUUGCAAGCAGUUUUCUGAAAGCUACAAUUGCUCCUGUAAUGGGCAAACACCAAACAGAUGACUCUUUUUUUGCAUUAUCUGGCUGGUUUCCUCACCUGUUUGUUAACCCAGAUGAUCAUGUAUGCUCUGGAUAUAUUGGUUAUUUUGAGCAUAGGAAAAAGAUGGCGGAAAUUGGAGCUGCAAAGAUUGAGAGACGUGCAACACAAAUUUCUACAGGGAAUAUGAUAUUUGGUAAACAAGAGGGGGGUUGCGAACCCUUGCAUCUGCUGCCUUCAGCUAAUCUGACUAUUAAUGUGAUUCAGUCUCCGGACUUUAAACGAGCUCACGGAAUUCUCCAGUGGUGGGAUCGAAGUUUUCAUGGCCGGUCGGAACGUCACCAGCUCAGGGGUGUAGCUCAUAUGGUAGAGUGCUCGAUUCGCAUGCAAGAGGCACUGCAACAAUAUUUUUCGGAAUUUUUGUAGGUUCUUGAAGUCAAUAGGCGUCUUCUCAGAUUUUCUUUCAAAAAUUUUAUAAAUUCUUUUAAGUCAAUAGGCGUCGUCUCAGAUUGUUUAAAUAUCUUAUGGUUAUAUUAAAUUGGCAAUUGUCUUU